AUGUGUGCAUGCGAAUAUUUCACAUACAGUGUUAGUAAUAUUGGCACACGUAGUAAAUUUGAGUAUGGAUUGUUCAAAACAAGUCACAAGUAUCCGAGAAACACCAUUUACAAGAAUUCAAGUCAAUCUCUUCACUUAAAAUAUAAUCCGGUUUGUAUGAAGUCAGAAGAGAAUUUGUGAAAAUGAGAAAAUAAGAACGCGACUCUUCCUAUUUUUCGGAUAAUGAUUUUGACCAAUUAGAACUCGAGUUUCGUAAAAGUUAUUUAAAUAUGAUUUUGUAGGAUGUCUUUAGACAUCAUUGGCUUACUUUAUUUAAAUUCAUAGAGUUCAUCAUACCGUUUUAAGAACGAGCAGGCCUACUACAAAAUUCCUCUCAAGGAAUCGGCGAAAUCUGAAUUCAAUCUGAGAAACAAGCUCUAGAGCACUUAAAAGUCAAUAAUUCAUCGUGAUUAUGACUGAAUUAUGAUAAUAUGUUCAUAUUACUGCAGUUUGAUAGAAAUAUUAGUUAUACAAACAUUACUUUCGACAAUAAUUGAUUUUUGUCUCUUUUUUGGGAAAUUUUUUUUGAAAACUUCACUUUUGUAGGUUGCACUAAACACCAUUUUCAGAAAGUUUUGUGGAACCAGAUAUGGAUUUCUGUUAUGAACACUAUUAGGGAAGGUAAAAUAAAGGUUUUUUGCUGAUCACUUCAAUUAAUAGUCAAAAUUAAGACUUUGAAACAGUCUUGUGAACUUGAAAAUAGCCGCGUUCAUACCACACUCAUUCUAAAACCAUACCCCAAAGGAAAUUAUGUGACUUGGUCUAGGUAUACAGAAUCGGCUUCGGAUUUUGUAUUGUGAUCAGUUUGGCUAUUUUGAGACCAAAUCUCAGUGUGAUCAGACACGUUCUGGCUUUAUUAUGGCCAAAAGUUCAUGCACACAUAUUUCGCGCGCACCCUGUAGUUUAGUUAGUUUUUUUUUUCACUUUGUUUUGUGGUUCUUCAAAAGUUCUCAUCGAUAAAUUUUGAAUAUUCAAUUUUGUUUUAUUUUUGAAUAUCGAUUUAAAAAUGACGAUAGAAUUAUUCAAAUUUCAACCUUUUCGGACGUCAAAAAAAUGAUGUUACCUCGAAACUUCGAAUAAUCCGAUUAUUCAUGUCAGUUAUUUAUAAAAUGGUCAUUUUUCAAACUUUUCUCUAUUUUCGGGAAAACUAAAAUUAUUUCUUUUUUCUCCAUGAUUUAUUUUUUUCCGUUCUCAAUUUUUCAUUCACUUUCAAAAGUUUCUGAAAGAAAAUUUCCGUUUUUUUUUUCAUUUUUGAACAGCUAAUCUACGUAUACCACAGCUAAUUUGAUAAUUUCUGAUUUCUUAUUUUUUUUUCUUUUUCUUCUUCUCUGGUCAUUUUUGUUGUUGUGAGUGAGUAAGAAAAGUGCAUUUCCCUCCCAAACAAUGUUAUUUUUCUAACAACAAUGUUUUCGUCAUCAAAAAUCAGAGCUGAAAAAAAUAUGAGGGAAAACAGUUUUCUUCUUACCAACAUUCAACGAAAUUUGAAAAAUGUGUGCGUAGUCUAGUGGUAGAGCCUUUUGCUGGUGUCGAUUAGGUCCAAGUUCGAUUUUUCAUUCGCGCUAACAUUUUUUUAAAAUCAAUUAUAACAUUUUUGAAAAGCCAAUUUCUUUUGGAAUGCAGAAAUUGUUUGUGUGUUUUUUGUGUGACCAAAAAAACUGGGUGUGGUUGGAAGACAUUUCGAUUCAAAAGAACAUUUGGAAAGUCAGAUUUUUUUUGUUUCAAAGUUUGUGUGGGUUUCUUUUCUAUCAAAAUAAAUACAUUUCUGCUAUUUUUAUCAACAAAAAAAAGUUUGUGUGGGUUUUGUCUGAAAACUUUUUGGUUGAUAUUUUCCCAGCUGUUUUCCAUGAUGAAUUGAAAUUGUUCCACACAUGUUUUUCUAAAGAACAAAAAAUUGCAAUUUUAAAAUUUCUACCAACCAACAAAAAAAACAAGACUCUUUUGUCUUCCGGUCAUUUUAGAUUCAUUUUCUUUUUUUUUUUCUUGAAGAAAAAACAAAAAAGGCAAAAGUUCAUUUGCGAAUGGAGAAGUAUCGUGUUUCAACAAGCGAGAUACUUUUUUGUUUUUUCUUGUCUCUGAAUAUUUUACGUGUCACAUGUAUACAAAUAUGUGCACAUGCGUGAGAAUUGUUUUUCCUUUUCAAAAUUUUUUCUCCAAACUUUCCAGCCAGUCAACAAUUUAAAUUUCAGCCAAGCUACAAUUAGACUUCAACAUUUUCGCUUUUUUGAAGCCCCAUAAUUUUCUCCAAAUUUUCAGUUUUUCUUUGGCUAAUCCCAUAUUAGUCAUUCUGAAAGCGGCUUGCUGAAAAACGUGUUCAACAAUAUUAUUUUCAGCUGCUUUUCAAAAAAAAAAUGAAAUAAUUCAGCCGAAGUUUCCUGAGCUUUUUUUGUAUAUUCAGAAAGUUAGUAGUUUGACUUUCGCGAAAACUUGCGAUCUACAGUAUUCGAACAAAAGCUUUAGGGACAAAGUUAGCCUAACUUUUCUACAGUAGGUUAAAAAACUGAACACAAUCAAUUUUUUGUUGUAUUUUUGUCUAGUCUAGACUCUCUCAAUUUUAUGUGAUCUCUAAUCAAAACAAUAUUCUGUACACUUUGUUUUUUUUUCGUUCUCUUUGAACUUGAGUUUUUCACACCACUCCUCCCCAACCCAAAAACCAUAAACCAUGUGAUCGCGUCAUUUUUUCUCUUUUCUUAUUUCAUUAGCCUUCUUUUUCUAUUUCCAUUUGUUCUUAUCAGUUUUUUAUUUCGGGUCUCAAACUUUUCCUUUUCCUUGAACUGAUAACAAUUCCCUCAUAUUUCAUUUUUCAGCAAAACAUGCAUAACCCUUUGAAAAAAUUGUCGCGAUCGAUUUCACACAAAAUUUUGCGCAAACGGGAAAGUCAAGAAGUUUCGGCACCUUCAACAACUGCUUCUUCGCCAACUCAAACAUCUGUGGAUGAAGAUCCAUAUCGGGUAAGUCUAGAAGAUCUCUGGAAUUUCAAAAAAAUAAUGUUAAUUUUUUAUUCCAGGAAAUUCUGAGAUCUUAUGAAGAUAAUACAUCUCAUUUGGUUUAUCAUGGAUCUUCUCUGCGAUCAAUGACAUCAAUGGAUCUUAUUCGAAAUAAAUCUGAAGAAGUUCAACCAUCCAGAAUCACAUCAUCACCAUCUAACAGAACUGUCACUUUCAGUUGA